AUGAGGUUUCCAGAGUUACUGCGCGAUCCUGGGGUCCCUUCCCUACGUCAUUCCAAGCUACCAGUGUGCCCAAAGAAUCAAACCGGGGGAGUAUCGUCGCAAAUUUCCCUGCCCGGUGUCCGCAGACCCUCACCUACAGCGCCUUACAUUCUCAUUCUCGCAGGAGCAGCGCGGGUCGUGGACAAAGCAACGAAUUUGGUGAAGGCCGUUGCGGCAAGCUACCUGGGAAUGGAGCCUGUUGAGGAAUUGCUGAUGUUCGGGCAGAUGCCAAGCGUGCUGUUUUGCCGGGCCGUUCUUCAGCUGCCAACCUGGCAAGCUGCGUGGGACACCUCAACGCAGGUUCUGGACCUGCUGCUGGUAGGUCACAGCCACGGCGGCUUGAUGGCGCACGACGUAGCCCAGAGGCUUGAGUCCACUGGCUUCGCGGUCAGGGGGGUCAUGGCGCUGGACACCCUUCAUGUACCCCGCUGGACUGGUGACGCAGAAAUGGAGCCGAAGGCCUUGCUCAAGAACAGAGCUCCUGACCACUGGCAGCUCCUCUCACUGGAAGUCAACAUGAUGGCAAUGAGAACAGCCGUGCUGCCAGUCAAGCGGAAUUUCAUGGACAAGGCUGAAGCAUUUGCGUGCGGAGCUGUGUUCCUGCCCAAGCACCUCAACGACACCGACCACUUCGGCAUUGAGGCAGACUGUGCGUGGGACCUCGCAGACGUCACGAAAACGUUCACCGAGGACAAGGAAGCUGCAGCACGUCCGCGCUUCAUGAACUUAAGCAGCGACGAAGACAGGCUCUACACCCUCGAAGCCUAG